UACGUGGCAUGAGUACAUGGCUUGGACUCUCACACUCUCUCUGACGGUCAGCUGGAAUGCAUUGACUAUUGACCAUUGAGUCAAAAUCUUUGCGUGCAGGGAAGGGGGCUUUCUCAGGAAAUUAGGGUUUUAGAGAAUUAGGGAUUUGAAUGGCACUGUUUUAUUCGUUCCCAUCCCAAUUCCAAUUGCUUCAAUCCCACAGAAACUACGCAAUUCCUAACCCCUCGGUCUCAGAAACGCCAAUUCCACAGUCAAUCUUCCCCCUAGUUUCGUCAGUAUCAUUUUCUGCAAGAACCAAUCUUCGCUACCCGUCGCUUCAAUCACGUCGCUGUAGUACGAGCUCUAGCUCUUCAGUACAGCAAGAUGUGUCCCCUGCCACGAGAAUCUUCAUAAAAGGACUACCACAAUCAACCUCGGAGGGACAUUUGCAGAGGGCAUUUUCACAGUAUGGAGAAGUAAGCCGAGUGAAACUAAUUACGGAUAGAAAAUCCGGGCAGUCUUUAGGAUUUGGAUAUAUCUGGUUUACAAGGGAAGACUCUGCUGAAUUGGUCGUGAAAGAGAUGAAUGGAAAGUUUUUUGAUGGCAGGUUUGUUUAUGCAACAAUUGCAAAGCCUGGAUCGCCCAAAAGUCGGAGGAGAGCAACACCGUACAAGUUCUAGUCGUUCUUGAAAUUUUUCAUUGCAAGGAGGUGGGCAAAAUUUGCUGAGAGGCAGAUGAGAAUGUAACUCAAAAUCUCUAACAAACAGUCGUUGCCAUUGAACUGAAAAAUGCACUUGGGCGAGGGGUGGGCAAAUUAUUCGACUACCGCCUACUGAUCUCCUCCCGCCAA